AUGUCUUCCUCGUCCUCGUCGCCCCGCGUGGUCCUGUACGGCUACGAUGCGUCGCCGUUCUACCAGAAGAUGCUCUUCCUCCUGGCGCACUACAAGGUCGACUUUGUCGUCGUCAAGGUCGCGCCCAUGCCGCCGCGUCCCGCCCUCUCGGAGCUGCUCGGCGUGACCUACCGCAGGAUCCCUGUCAUGUUCCUCGAUGGACAGGCCUACUUUGAGACGACCCUGUGCGCUAGGGCGCUCGAGGCCGCCUUUGGCGGAAAGCCCGGUCACGGCCACAGCCUCUUUGACAAGCGCGACGAGAUCAUCCAGGUCCAGCUGUCCGCGACGUGGUCCGAGACGCAGCUCUUCCGCUUGGCCGUCGGACACCUUCCGAAGGCGGCCUUUACGCCCGCCUUUGUGGCCGACCGAUCCAAGUUCAUGCCCGGAGUGCCCUUCAGCGCCGAGGCCGUCACCGCCAACCUGCCCUACAGCCAGUCGCAGCUGUACGCGCACCUCGCCUCGAUCGAGGCUCACCUCGCCCAGCAGCAGCAGCAGCAGCAGGCCGGUUCGGGCUCUGGCUCCGGCUCCGGUGCGGGCGCACAGGCGGGUCGCUUCCUGGUCGGCGAAAAGGUGUCGUACGUCGACAUUUGCACCUUUGUCCCGCUCCAGUGGGUCCAGUCGUUUGGCACCGCGCGCGACCUGCUGCCCAAGGAGGCCAAGAACGGCGGCGGCGGCGCAGAGUCGACGACGCCCUUCCCGCGCGUCGUCGCGUGGCUGUCGGACGUCAAGAGGCACCUGGCGCAGCAGGGCCUGGCCAAGGCCAAGUCGAUCAAGGCCGAAGAGGCGGCCACCCUCAUCCUCGAGCAGGCCGAGCCCGCGUCCAUCACAAAGGCGCAGAACGACGCCCGCGUCAGCGCAUCCGACCCGCUCGUCAAGGCCGGCUGGGUCGACGGCGCCGGACAGCAGGUCCUCGUCACGCCCACCGACACGGGCAAGGUGCCGCAGCAGGGCAGCCUCGUCGCCCUCGACCCGACGCAGAUCACCAUCCUCGUCCGCACAAACGUCGGAAACGGCGCCUUCCUCGCCCACUUCCCGCGCGUCCAGUUUGACGUCAGGAAGGUCGAGCUGGCCAAGAACAGGGACGCCAAGAUCUGA